AUCAAACACUACAGCUCACGACAGGUAGUGACGGGAACCAUGGUUGGCAAGCUCAAUUACUCAAAGUGGGACAACCUGGAGCUGUCGGAUGACAGCGACAUCGAGGUUCACCCGAAUGUCGAUAAAAAGUCCUUUGUGCGAUGGAAGCAGCGCGACAUUCACGAGAAGCGAGAGGUGCGCAAGGCCGAACUUGAUGGGUUCAAGAGGGAAAAGGACCUUAAUGAGGAGCUGGCGCCCAGACUUGACGAGAUCUUGGAAGGAGCACGAAAAGAAGGAAGCUCGUACUACUCGCGAGAGGUUUCUAGAUUGACGGCCGACAGAGCCUCGCGAGGCAACAAGGAUGGACCCAAUGGACCGACAACAAAUGACAUGAUCCUCUCCCUUCUUCUGCAAAUCAACGACGAGCCUAGCGUCAAGGGCAAAUCAUCGUCGGAUCUCGAUGAGGCUCUCGUUGCCAAGCUUCAAGAGCACAAAAGGAAGCUCGCCGAACGGCAGACUGAGGUAGCGAGCAAAAUUUCAGAGAUGGAGGAAGAGGACCGAAGAAAGAUCACGAGCGACUCGUUGAGGGAAGGAUGGAGCGGAGGCCACGUCACCAAAGCCGAAUCAGAGCCAGCGCUAGCAUCCAAGCCGGCUGCGACAGCCAACAAGGGCAAGGGAAAGAUGACGGAACAGAAGAUCGAGACAUUGAAUGCGUCUAGUCUCUCUCCCGACUCGGAUGCAGAGGAUGAUGACGACGAUGAGAGCGUUCCCACCAUGACGCCUUCGAUGCGUGAUUUUCUGUCUUUACCUCCCGUCAUUCCCUCGUCGCUGCCCCUCUCGCUCUCGAGCCUCCCCGCCAACUUCAACCCGUCGCGCGAUGUCAAGAAUGAGCCAUUCGAGCAGGCGCUCCAAUUUCUUUCCAAGAACAAAUCUCUAUUGCGCGAAGACAGCGGCACGACGGACGCGCUCCUCGUCGAGGCCUUUCAAGCGGCGAUGCGCUCCGACGCCAAGCGGGCACGGAGCUGUGUUGAAAAGGGCCUGCUGGUGCAAUAUUGCAACAAACUUGGAAAGGACGGCGUCAGUCUGUUUUUCAGGCGGAUGACGAGCACAGACGGCAAAGCCGCUGUGGUGUUCUUCAAUGAUGUCCUCUCUACGCACGCGCGCAUCAUGGAGCGAUCAAAGGUUCUGUUGGCCGAGCAAAACCAGCAGCCUUCCUCUGGAGAGGGGGGAAAGGCAGGUGAAGAGCAGAUUCAGCUCGUCGCCGAAGAUCCGUCUACCGUCAUCUCGUUCGAAGUCCCCGAUGGCCCACCGCCGGAGCACCUCACACUCGAGGGCGAGGGGGUAGAAUCGAUGGAUGUUGAACAAGUUCGCGUCUUCCUGCAGCGUCGUUGGGACAUCUACCAAGGCUUUUCCGACGACUUCCGGCAGGCCCUGGAGACGAGGCAGCUCGAUCGGGUGAAUGAAGUGCUGGGGAAGAUGAACGUCGAAGAAGCCGAAAAAGUCGUGGGCUUGCUCGACGAGGCAGGAAUUCUGAGCUUCAGCUCCAAAGAGGUCAGAGAUGAGACUGGUAAAUAGCUUCUCUCAGAAGGACGCUUUCGUGGUCCUGUAUUGGAGA